GUAGUGGGUACGGCAAUCUUGUAGUAACAGCUCACACCAUCGUUAAACUCAUUCUAUGCCAAGCAGGUGAAAGGAGAGAAGGAUCUCACCUAAUGAAGAUCAACCUCACUCAUGCUGUUUCAUUUCUCCCAUGCCAUUUCCACUGAUUAUCCAGUGCUGAUAAUGCCCUCACACAAGACAGUCCAGUGGGAACUGGAAAGAACCAUAAGAUUUGCAAGGCGUCCUGUGGCCUGACCCUACAAGAUGCCAAGAGAAGAGGCUCACUUCUUCCAUGGUUCCCCCCGGAAAUGGCACAGCCAUUCUUAUGUCACAGCUGAAGAGGCUGCAGGGAUUGGCAUCCUGACAGUGAUUCUGGGAAUUCUACUACUUCUCAGCUGCUGGUACUGCAGAAGGCGAAGUGGAUACCGAAGCUUGAAGGACAAAAACAUUCAUGCUGGUACUCAAAGUACCCUGACAGGAAGAUGUUCACAUGAGGGGCUUGGUCAACAGGACAGCAAGUUGCCUUUUCAAGAGAACAAGUGUAAACCUGUGAUUCCCAAUGCUCCACCUGCUUAUGAGAAACUGUCCGCAGAACAGUCACCACCACCUUAUUCUCCAUGAGAGCCAGCGAGGCCUUGAGAGGUGCUGAAAUGAUUUCCCUUAUGCUUUUGCUUGAAUUUGAUGUGGGCAUGCAAUGUUCUGCUUCAGAAUGCUGUAGAAACAGUGUACAUUAUCUCUACUAAUAAGCUGAGUGUCAAAUUCUUUGUAAGGCAACUAGCAAUACUGAUUGAGGAAAUGAUGAGAAAUAUUAAAAUGGGAAAAGCUUUGUCAAUAAACAUUGUAAUGGAUGAUACUAUCCGUGUCAGUAAUAAUAAAUCUACAAUGUUAUUUUCUGAGAGAGA